ACCGCUGCCGCGGGUGGCGUGUCGACCCGGGGCACCGCCGCCCCACUGCCCCUCGGCGCGUCCGGCCGCCCCGGCUCCCCUCAGCUCGCCGGGCAGCCCCGCUGUGUCCCCGCGGGCGGGGUGGGGCCGCCUGAGGCGCGCUGUCCCUCGGUGCGCUCCGCAGUGAAGGGUGCCGGGCGCCCUGCAGCCCGCGGGGCGGUGCUGGCAGAGCCCCUGCCCGGCUCGCCCCGCCCGGGGGAACGCGGUGCCGCCCCGGGGAGAAGGUGGUGGCUUUGGGGAAGGGGAGAGGGAAGGUGCUCCCGGGGCCCCCCCCGACGCUGCCGUUCCGCGGGGGGCCGAGGUGCCUCAGCUUCGGUGGCCGUUGGCUCUGUGUCGGUGGAAGAACAGACGAUUAUCAGGCUAUAAACUUUCCUCUUCUUUGCUUGAGUCAGUUGCAAAACUUUGAGCAAUCCAUAAAAGAAAUUAAAAACUGAGUAGAACGCCCAGAUGUUUUCCAGUGCAGAUAACGCAACAAGUUCUUUAUCCCCUGAUCACAUGAAAGGCUGGCUGGAACAACAUGAGAAACAAAAUACGCUUUGGGAGAAGAGUUGGUCUUAUAAUUGGAAGAAAAAGAAUAAGCAGAUGUGAGAAAGCGUAAUUUGAAAAUCUUAAAAGAGGGGGGAAAAGGUUCACCCGUUACUACUGUUACGGCAGUGCUGCUGUAUUUCUUUGUUAAAUUCAAAGUCUUGCUGUCACCCUCAUAAAAACAGUGAAAAAGUAGAAUAGAGAUUGGUUCAUGAUGUCCAAUUUCAAGCAGUCAUUUGGCAUAAUUAUUACUGUGCAAUGAUAGAAUCUCUUAUCUUACUUGGACCACAUUUCUUACUGUAUAUCCUUUGUGUUUUAAUCUUUAGGCUGUGUUUGCAAUAUUAAAGUAGUUCAAUUCUGGUAAACAAAAUUGCUGGUUUUUGAAUUAAUAUAUUAGAGUCCUGAAUUGAGGGCAUAAUCAAUUAUUGAAAAGGAUGUGCAGUAAAAGGAAACUCAUUAAGUAACUGGUUGCAACCCAAGUUUGAAAAUGUUUCUAAUGUAAGCUCUAAGAAUCUUGGCAGCUGGCUUUAAGCAAGUGCAAGCUGAAUCCAAAACGGUGCUGUAUUAUUUGUAGCCUCAAAGCUGGGUAUGCUUUCACGUCUUGCAGUUGUCAUUGGUGUACAUUCUGUACCUGUUGUCAACCCGGCAGCCCCUUUACUGUGCUGAGUAGCAGACUUCAAGGACUCAGGUGGUAAAUUAGUCUCUUGUGCUUAUUCAGACCGAGAUGCUAAUGAGGGCACUUGUUGGCAACGCUCAUUUUUUGGGAUGUGAACAGCUGUCGACAAAGAAUCUGAAUGAGAUCAACUCAUGUCUCACGGACCAUCAAAUGGCCACCAGAUACCACUAACCUUAUGGAGUAACAGUUGGGAUAACAGCAAACACAAUUGCCCUGGUGGCAUGCUUUUAUGGCUAAUUUCAGUCUUUAUAGUCAUGAGUUGGAGAUCCCUUUUUUUCAAAAAUUUGUUGAUCUUUAGGCUUUGAAAAAUUCGUAGCUAUUAAAAAUAGCCACUGGAUAUAGAUCACUGACAUAUGUAUACCAUACACCAGUAAAUGCUUCCUUUUCAGGUCAUGGAGGUCAGGUGAUACUGUGAUCAGUGCACAAAUGUUUAGAGAGAAAGCAGCGAGUGGCAGGAAUUGAAUGAUGCCAGUGAGAGCAGUGUGAGUGGAUAUGGCUGUAUUUACCGUCAGAGGAUAAAUACAGAGUUGGCACUUGGCUUCUUGCGGUAUACUGAUGACCAGAGUUUCUCCUUUGCAAGUACCUGUAAUGAGCCAUACCUUUUCAAGAACUUUCUUCAACAUUGCUGCUCCACUAGUAAAUAAAAGAAAAGAAUAUUCUGAAAGAAGAAUUAUAGGGUAUUCUAUGCAGGAAAUGUAUGAAGUUGUGGCUCUUGUGGAGAACUACAAACUAUUUGUUCCUUGGUGUAAGAAGUCAGAUAUAUUAUCAAAGCGCUCUGGAUACUGCAAAGCACAGCUAGAAAUAGGAUUCCCUCCUGUAGUGGAGAGGUAUACAUCAGUUGUAACCCUAGUGAGACCACAUUUAGUUAAGGCAUCCUGCACAGAUGGAAAGCUAUUUAAUCACUUGGAAACAGUGUGGCGUUUCAGCCCAGGUAUCCCUGGUUAUCCAAGGACAUGUACAUUGGAUUUUUCAGUUUCUUUUGAAUUUCGUUCACUUCUACACUCAAAACUUGCUACGCUAUUUUUUGAUGAAGUGGUAAAGCAGAUGGUGGCUGCCUUUGAAAGAAGAGCAUCCAAACUCCAUGGCCCAGAAACAACCAUACCUCGGGAGCUAAUGCUUCAUGAAGUUCAUCAGACGUAAAAGGGAAAACUGUAAUGACCUCCAUUAUAAACUUGUUUGUACACUUCAUUUGUACAAGAGGUGCCAGGCUCCUCCUUUGGGGCAUCUAUUUAAUGUCUGAGCUUUGUGUGCGAUGUUACACUGUACAAAACACACCUGUUCAGCCAGAUGUAUAUAGAAUGUUCAAACUGCGAUCAAGUGCAACUUUAAGUGUUAUCAGUAACAGUCAUAAGCUACUGUAACACAGGAUGUCUCAGGCUGCCGAUUAUUAACUUGCCAAGCAGUUUGUGUAAUCAGUGUAAGUUCUGCCUUAUCUGAGUUUAUGGUUUUUUUUCCCCGCAUUGUAACAUAUUAACUCAAGUUU